UGCAUUUACUACACUGACCCUGCUGCAGGGGACAACAAAGCUGAUUUGACAUGAUGCUCACUGCACCUGGCGCUGGAAUUGUCAUACUAUUUGCUUGGCUCUCUCCAAGUUACGCUCUCUAUUUUCACAUUGGAGAGACGGAGAAAAAAUGCUUUAUAGAGGAAAUUCCAGAUGAGACCAUGGUUAUUGGGAAAUACAGGACCCAGCUGUGGGACAAGCAGAUGGGAUCCUUCCUCCAAACCACCCCUGGCCUUGGAAUGCAUGUGGAGAUCAAAGAUCCGGAUACUAAGAUAAUUCUGUCUCGUCAGUAUGGGUCAGAUGGACGGUUCACCUUUACUUCCCAUACACCAGGCGAGCACCAGAUCUGCCUGCACUCCAACUCCACCAAAAUGGUCCUUUUCGCUGGUGGCAAACUGAGAGUCCACCUGGAUAUUCAGGUUGGUGAACAUACCAACAACUACCCCGAAAUCGCAGCAAAAGACAAGCUCACAGAGCUGCAAUUGAGAGCUCGACAAUUACUGGACCAAGUAGAACAAAUCCAGAAAGAGCAGAACUAUCAGCAGUAUCGUGAGGAGCGGUUCCGCAUGACGAGUGAGAGCACCAAUCAGCAUGUGCUUUGGUGGUCUAUAGCUCAGACACUUAUCCUCAUCUUCACUGGCAUCUGGCAGCUCAAGCACCUCAAGAGCUUCUUUGAGGCCAAGAAGUUGGUGUAAUGCUCACAGGACAUCACUGAUUGAGUUCAAGACAGGAGUGACAACCAUGCAGAGAGAGACGCUUCAACCCGGGAAGCAAAUUAAUUAAGAACAUCCAGUGUGUUAUGUAUUGUCCAUUAUUAAUUAUUCCGUGACUUAAAUUAUUGUGAUCAGAAAGCAAGCACCUGUGUCCAUUUCCUUGUAUUUUUCCUACUUUUGUAUUGUUUCAUGUCAACUUUGUUGGACUGCACAUAAGGAGUGGCAAAUGUACCCAAGGUAACGUUCAAUUUUGUUCCACUUUGUUUUGUAGAUUUGUCAUUCUGCAUACUGUAUACUUUUGGUUUAAACAGGUGGUGGUUUAAACAGUGGUUAGAGCGUUGGGCCAGUAGCCGAGGGGUUGCUGGAUCGAAUCCCCGAGCUGACAGUCUGCCCAUGAGCAAGGCAGUUAACCCACUGUUCCCCGUGUGCCAAAGACGUGAAGAUUAUGGCAGCCCCCCCUGCACCUCUCUGACUCAGAGGGGUCGGGUUAAAUGUGGAAGACGCAUUCAGUUGUACAACUGACUAGUUAUCCCCCUUUCCUUUCGAUUAUCGUGAUUUAGUCUGAUAACAUAAUUAUAGCAGAGCUAAUAAUAGUUUUAGCUCAAUGACUAACCUGUUCACAAACAUCCGUAACUUCUGUUGAAGAGCAGUAUCAUUCCAGGAAGCAGGGUGUUAUUGAUUUUUAGAGGAUGGUCCAAGCAGUACCAAUUUUAUUUUCUUCCAAAGACCAACAUAUCUUUGAAUCAGGUGCAGAUUACCUUUGAAUGUUAUGAAAUGAAGGCCUAUGAUAAAAUACCCUCAAGUUAUUCCAAACUGAUCUAGAUAUCAGUAAGAUGUGAGUACAAUAUUAUGAUGCGGUAUAAAUUCAGACUUAAUUUGUAAUUAUGAAGGUUUUUACUUUUGGUUGGCUGUCAUUUUCAAUGUAUGCAAUUAAAAAAGAAGUAAUUGGU